UCUCCAAGUCCGCCUUGCUCUCCUCAAUUAAUUUAAAAUAAUUUCGUGCCCCCUGCCUUGAGUGACAUUUCCCCCCUGUCAAACUGUCACAACAGAAAUCGAUAUAAUGCAGUGAAAACAUCACAAAUCCCACUCGCAAUGGAUUUCAACGUGAAAAAAAUCGUCAAGGAUGCGGGGGCUGCCAUCAGUCGCGUGGUCCAGAUGACCGAAGAGAAACUAGGCACAUCCGAAAAAACCGAACUCGAUGCUCACUUCGAAAAUCUCUGGGAACGAGCCGAAAACACCAAAAACUGGACGGAGAAAAUCGUCCGGGAUGCCGAAGCGGUUCUAAUCCCCAAUCCCGGGAACCGAAUCGAGGACUUCAUUUACGAGAAAAUCGACAAAAAGCGACCCUCGAGACUGAGCAAUUUGGAGUACCUGGGCCUGGACAUGAUCGAGGCUGGGAAUGUGUACGGCCCGGGGACUGCCUACGGGAGCUGUUUGAUCAAAGUGGGGCAGUGGGAGCAGAAGUUGGGCCAGAACGAAAGGGACUUCAUCGGCUCGGCGGCCAUGUGCUUCACUCAGCCCAUGCGCAAGUUCUUGGACACCGAAAUUAAGACCAUACUCAAGGAAAAGAAUCUUUUGGAAGUCAAACGGUUGGAUUUGGAUGCGUGUAAGAAUAGGGUGCGCAAGGCGAGGAGUAUGUUGGGACAACCGGCGCAAUUUCCUUUACAUUUGACACAGAAAGAAGGGAUUACCCCGGAAGAAGUUUUGGAGCAGGCCGAAAGAGACCUGCGGAUUGCCCAGUCGGAGUUCGACCGUCAGGCUGAAAUAACGAAACUCCUACUCGAAGGGAUCGGCAGUUCCCACGCUGCUCAUCUCCGUUGUUUGCAAGAAUUCGUAGAGACUCAAGCCCGAUUUUACUCGCAAUGUACCACGAUUAUGACGGAUUUGCAGCGUGAGCUCGCCAGUAUGUCCUCGAUGCCUGGUGUCGAUCCCAAUUCUCCCGUAAAUCCUAAACCGAACGAAUGGAACAACGAAGUACCAAAUAACGGAAUGCGAAAAGCCCGAGUUAUAUACGAUUAUGACGGGCAAGAUACGACCGAAUUAAGUCUGAUGGCGAACGAGAUUAUAAUGGUUAAAGAACUGAGCGAUAAACCCAACGAAGAUUAUUUAUAUGGCGAGCGCGGCCAUCAAAAGGGCAAAGUCCCGCGUGCGUACCUGGAAUUCAUAUCUUAACAAACUACGUCUUCCGGCUAAUUCCAUUCAAGUAUUUAUUGUGAUCCCGAUAGAUGUAAUCAUUCCUCUCAUUCUAAUAAGGCAUUGAUGACAAUAUGUGUUCACCUUUAUCUUAGUUUAUUUGUAUAUUUUGUUUGUUUUGUCGUAUCUUGCCAGCAAAAUUACUGUAAUCCCAUCUUAAACCCCUUUAUGCAAUAAUGCGGUCAAUUCGAACUAACGGUGCAAUUACACAUUCGGCAAAUUAAACUGUAUCAAUAAGCUUUAAACUAUGUGUUGAAACUUUAGCUCAGAGUUAACAUAAUCUACUCUCUAGUUGUAAUAUAUUGUUAAUCGUUAUCUUCAAUAAAUAUGUACAAAUUAAAA